AUGGCUUUCCCUACAACUGCAUUCUUUUUAGCUACUGCCUAUUUUAUUUCAAUGAUAUCUUUAGGGAAGAGUAAAAGACUGAUCAUUACGAAUCCAAUGUAUGGAGCCAGACUCAAAAGAGGCGAAUUAACUACAAUUUCAUGGGAUAUGAAUUCAUGCUAUGGUUCUAUUUCAAUUUUAUUAAUGGUCAAGUCAGCUACAAAGUCUCAGAAAAUCAUGACAAUAGCUGUUCAGGAUGCAAGUCUAGAAUACUAUGAUUGGAUGCUCCCUAAAUACAUGCCACCAGGUACUCAAUAUUUUAUUGCUAUUGAAGACUCUCUAGGUGUGUCUUAUUCGCGACCAUUUUCCAUCCUUGAAUAA